CAUUACUGUUCCUAUCUAAUCGAAGGUUGAGGAAGGACUGACUGAAAAAUAGCUUGCAAAAGCUAUAGAGACUUUCGUGCUUUAUAGCGUGAAACUCGUUAGAGAAUUAUUAAUGAAUAUAAUUAUGGAAACCCGAAAUCCGAAUAAGUGUUUUCUACCCUUCUUAAAUGGCUAAUUAUAAAUAAUUAAUUAGAAUACGCGAGAGAGAGAGAUUCUACUGUUUCACAUUAUGAAAAUUCUCAGUCUUUAUCAAUCCCCCAUAGGGUAUACAAUAAUGUCGCACAUCUUUAAUAAUCGUUACUUUUAUGUCAAUAAAUUUUUCUUAUCUUGCAUUGGUCAGUGGCCGUUUCACAGUACGAGAAGAAAUCUUGCAAUACAAUGUUUUAUAAUUUUACAUCUAUUCAUUUCUUUUACUUCUAAGGCAACUGGCUUUUUGAAGACAUGUGGAAAUUCGAACAGAAUAACGGAGGGCAUGCCGACAAUUUUUGUAGGAUUCACGUCUCUUAGUUUUAGCAUUAUAUUUUUCUUUAAACAAGAAAAGGUCAAAUUUCCAGUUUUUGCAAAUAGAACCUACUAUCUAACCUUUUUCCUUUUUUUUAAGAAUGUAAAGUAUAAAGUACAUAAUAAUAAAAAAUAUUUACAGUUAAAUAAACUAUAUCGUGAAAUUAAAUUCGAUUGGGAAUGUUUGUCAUCGAAUCAGGAGGAGUUCAUUAUUUCCAAACGUGCAAACCGUAGAAGAUGUUUGACCAUUUUUUUUACAGGUUGCAUAAUAGGAGCGUUAAUUACUUAUGGAAUAAUAUCAACUCUACAUGUUUUUAAUUUCCUCCUGGUGAAUAAAUCGCAACCGAAUGAAUGGACUUUUCAAAUUUAUUACUCAGUGACUUAUUCGGAGAAGCAUUUUUAUUUGAUUAUACUUUAUUUUUCAUUUAAUACAGUUUUGGAAACUUGUAUUUUUAUUAGCUUUGAAUUAGUUUUGUCAAUUUCGAUUGAACAUGCAUGUGGUUCAUUUGAAAAAAUUGGAUUAUGUAUACAGAAAAUACAUAGCUAUCAGACUGAAAUUGAAAAUCUGAAAGCAGUGACUUAUUGCGUUUCGCAACAUAAUCGAGCAAUUGAAUUUUGUGACAGUAUUGAAUCUCUCUAUUGGCCCUGCUUUAUGUGUAUAGUGACAUUGAAAAGAUUCUUUAUUUCUGUUUCGUUCAUACAGGUUUUCGCACAUUCCAAUAAUUUCACAGGCUCAGUGAAAUAUGGCGCCUUUGUAGCAAGUUGCAUAGUAUACCUAUUUUACAACACUCUAUUUGCACGAAGAAUAAUCGACUACAGUACUAGUCUCACAGACACUGUAUACAAUACAUUUUGGUACCAAAUGCCAUCGAGAAUAAAAAAGAGUUUGCUACUUAUUAUGAUUAGAAGCAGAAUUCCAUGCAGAAUAAGUGCAGUAAAAUUAUUAAAUAUAUCGUUAGAGUUUUUGCUGACAUUUUAUAUACUGAUAUGUCGACUCGACACUGCAAGAAUUUUACAUUAAAUUCCAGUGCAUGUAG